GCGGGUUUUUUUGUUUUGAUUAAAAUAAAUUUAAGUUUUUAAGUCGAUUUUAGCAGAAAUUAGCCCAAAAUCAGAAUUUUUUGAAAUGGAUGAAUCAGAAGCAAUCCAAAAAAAUGCACGAAAUUCUAAAACUAAAAAGCGCAAAAAUUCUGAUCAUGAUGACGAACCCAGCGAAAAAAUGAAUGAAGUAAAUAACGUUUUAAUUGGCAAAAGACAUACUUUAGCAAAUAAUAAGUGCAAAGGUAGUAAAGAUAAAAACGAUGAACUUCGAAAGGAAAAGAAAUCUGGAAAGAAAAUUGGAAGUGAAACUUCAAAACAAAGUUCCUUGAAUGAGAUCAAGGAUAGUAACGAAGAGAUUCAACAAAAAGAAGAGGAGCCAGAAACUUCUUCUAAAGAGGAAACAACAAAAGAAGGUCGUGUAUUGAGAAGCUCUCGUAAAUGAUAUCCU